UCAAGCAAAAUCAGACUCUGAUUAAAGCAUUUCUUCUGCGAGCAGACAGAAGUCUUGCAAUAAUCACAAGUGUGAAUCAUCUAAGCAACCAGUUUGCAAGAUCAUUUUAUCAGCUGCACAAGAUGACCAAUACAAAUGACAGCGGUGAACUUGACAUCUAUGACAAUGGGGAUGAGUUCGAUGAGAAUGAAAGCUCAAAGCUUCACAGUUUAUUUUUACCUAUUGCUUAUUCUAUCAUUUGCAUUUUUGGACUGAUUGGAAACUUGCUCAUCCUCGUCAUAUUUAUUUUUUAUGAGAAAGUCAAAACGCUUACUGACAUAUUUUUGGUAAACUUGGCAACUGCAGACAUUCUGUUCCUCUGUACGUUUCCAUUCCUUGCCUACCAGUCUGCCAAGAGCUGGAUCUUUGGUGAAGUUAUGUGCAGAAUUAUUCGAGGUGCAUACCGAAUCAAUUUAUUCACUUCAAUGUUAACCCUUACAUGUAUCACCUUUGACAGAUUUAUUUCUAUAACUCAGGCUACUAAGUUAAACCAUGUUCAAUUAUAUAAACAUAAGUGGGGUGGAGGAAUUUGUACAGCAGUGUGGAUAUUGUCUGUAUUUUUGGCUAUACCACAGUUUAAACACAGUACAACUGGACCUUUUAAUAAUAUCUGUAAUGAAAUAUAUGACAAUUCUGUUAUUGAGGUUUUAGUUACAUCUAUUCAAAUGGCAGUUGGAUUUUAUGUGCCAUUAAUAGCAAUGCUUAUUUGUUAUACUUUUAUCAUAAACACUUUGAUAAAUGCAAGUAGUUUUCAGAAGCCCAAGUCUUUCAAAAUAAUUGUUACUUUAGUAGUAGUAUUUAUUGCUACACAGUUGCCUUUCAAUGUUGUAAUACUUCUUUAUACUUUAGGUACUAAGUUCCGCACACAGACUUCUUUUGUAAAAGCAUUGAUUAUAAGUGAAGUCAUUGCUUACCUGCAUGCAUGUCUUAACCCAAUUUUAUAUUUCUUUGUUGGGAUAAAAUUUCGCAAAAAUUUCUGGAAAAUUCUUAAAGAUUUAGGAUUAGUAAAGCAUUUCAAUGAACGUACAAAUAAUCUCAAGACUACAGAAGCAGACUCAAAAAAUAUCUCUGCUUCAACAAACGUAGAAGCAAUUUGUAUGAACCAGACUUAAAGGUACACUCAAAACACCAUAACCAGCACAUAACAGUGCAGUUUUUAUGGUGCAAGGAGUGGCCUGGCAUCUGCCCACUGUAAGGAGUCAAGUCAUUUUCCAAUGGUUUGGCUUUUUACCUGGAGUCUACUAGGUGCCACUUCCCAUCUCCUCUAUAGCUUAGAGAGCCACAAGCUUACUCUCAUUAGCUUAUGUUUGCUUUCCUAAAUUAAGCCUUGCAUGUAAGGGCUAGCACAUUGGCUGAAAGUGUCAGUGGAUUGUUUUAGCCAUGUUCUGCACUGCCAAGCUUAGCUCAGUGAAAAGAGUUUUCAGCUGUCACUGUGCAGUAGUGGAAUGGGGAAGCUGCAUCUGGUGGUCUCAGAGUUAGAAGUCUAAAAUGGUUUGACUCCUUACAUGGGUACUCAUGGCACCUUAACCAAUACAGCGCACUAUAGUGGUUAUGGUGCUUGAGAUGUUUGUUUAAAAAAAACUAAGAAAAACAGUUAAUCCUUAAUCAUGUACCAUAUAGCAUAAUAGCUUAAACGCUUUGAAUGUUAACCUACAUCCUUCUGCAUAGUGCGUUUUUAUGGAAGUUGAAUUUGUGUAGA